AUGGCAAACUCUGAAACUACAUCAAACCCAAACACCAUCGAUCAACAACAACAAGAACAAACAAGAACAAAGUCUCAGCCUUUGAUUCCAGGUUUGCCCAACGAGAUCGCCGAGCUCUGUCUUCUUCGUCUUCCUUACCCAUACCAUGCUCUCUAUCGCUCCGUCUCAUCUUCCUGGAACAGAACAAUCACAAACCCUAGAUUCCUCUUCUCCAAGCAAUCUCUCUCAAUCUCUUCUCCUUACCUCUUCGUUUUCGCCUUCAACAAAUCAACGGGCAGGAUUCAAUGGCAAGCCCUUGAUCUUUCAUCCGGCCGUUGGUUUGUCUUACCACCAAUGCCAAACUCUUUCGCCAACAUCUCCUCUCCUCACGCGCUCUCCUGCGCGUCGAUUCCACGUCAAGGGAAACUCUUCGUCCUCGGCGGCGGCGAUUCCACUCGCUCCGCCGUCGUUUACACCGCCUUGACGAAUCGCUGGUCGUUCGCGUCUCCGAUGUUGAGUCCGAGGACUUACUUCGUCGCCGGGAAUUUAGACGGUAAGAUCAUGGCCGUUGGUGGGAGCUUAGACGGGAUCGGAGAAGCGACGACGACGACGGCGGUCGAAUCGUACGAUCCUGAGAGUGACACGUGGAGGGAAUCGGAGAAGCUGCCGAUGGUGUUGGCGAAGUACGAUUCGGCCGUCAUCGGGAAGGAGAUGUUGGUGACGGAAGGAUGGGCUUGGCCGUUUAUGUUCCCGCCGGUGGGACAAGUGUACGAUUCGGAUGAAGACACGUGGCGAGAAAUGAGCGGUGGGAUGAGGGAAGGGUGGACGGGUGCAAGCGCCGUGAUCCGCGACAGACUGUUCUUGAUCUCCGAGCACGGUGAUUUCCCGAUGAAGGUUUAUUCCUCCGAAGACGACACGUGGAGGUUCGUGAGUGGUGAGAAGCUCCCACGGAAGUCGAUGCGGCGACCUUUCGCCGUGACGGGAGCGGACGACAGGGUUUACGUGGUGGCCGGAGGGCUUAACGUGGCGGAGGGUAGAGUGAGUGAGGGGCAAAACGGGGAGUUCAGUGUUGAGUGGAGAAUAAUUACGUCUCCUCAAUCUUGUACUCAGUUUUCACCUGCUAGCUGCCACGUGCUUUAUGUCUGA